CUCACAAGCCACAACAAAGUCUUGUGGUGAAUCAAAUCCGUAGGCCAUAUAUCAAGUUGAUAUCCCCGGAAAAAAAUCGGAGCCCGAAAUCCUAGCCCACACAAAUUGCAGCGCCGGAACCCCACCAGUAUAUAAGCGCCAUUGGCACACUCCUCCGUUUCUUGCCCUCCUCACACCAUCGGUUCCUUCCCUUCACAAUUGACUCGUACACACCCCACUCUCCUCCUCUGCUCCUCUCACUCGUCGUGCGCUGCUCUUCUUUCACCUGAGAGGCUCAACACAACACGCACGGAUAUGGAGUGGUUGCGCGGGAAAUGCAUCGGCAUGGGCGCGUUCGGCACUGUGCACCUGGCCGUCGACGGGGCCACGGGCCGCGCCUUCGCGGUGAAGUCGGUGGACACGAAGAGCGCGCCGGCGGCGGCCGUGGCGUGCCUGGAGAGCGAGAUAAGGAUCCUGAAGCGGCUGAGCUCGCCGUACGUCGUGGCAUACCUCGGGGACGGCGCGACACAGAAGACGAGGGAGCUGCACAUGGAACUGGUGCCCGGCGGGAGCGCUGCGGAGGCGGCGGCGAGGCUGGGGGGACUAGGGGAGCGCGGCGUGCGGGGCGUCAUGUGGAGGGUGGCCGCCGCGCUGCGUUACCUGCACGACUUUGCUGGCGUGGUGCACGGGGACGUCAAGGGGCGGAACGUGCUCGUGGGUUGCGACGCCGUAGGCGGCGGCGCGAAGCUCGCUGACUUCGGCACGGCGAGGCUGGUCUCCGAGGCGGCGCCCCGCGGGCCGCUCGGGACGCCCGCGUGGAUGGCGCCAGAGGUGGCGCGCGGCGGCGCGACGACGCCGGCGUCGGACGUGUGGUCCCUGGGAUGCACGGCGCUGGAGCUUCUCACCGGGAAGCGGCCGUGGUCGGAGCUCGGCGGCGCCUGCGAGGUCGGCGAGCUGCUGCUCCUAAUCGGGUUCGGUGGGAAGCGGCCAGCGCUCCCCGCGUGCCUGUCCGACUCGUGCCGGGACUUCCUCGACAAGUGCCUCCGCCGAGAUACCGAUCAGCGGUGGACCUGCGAGCAGCUGCUGCGCCACCCGUUCCUCUCCGCAGACGCUCACGACGACGGCAUCGAGCCGUCGCCGUCUCCAUCUCCUCGCGCGGUUCUUGAUUGGGUCGUGGCGGAUUCGGACUCCGAGGCGCUGGACGACCCGGAGCCCGAGAACGAGCACGAAGUCAUGGCGCGCGCCAAGAGACGGGUCGCCGAAUUGGCCUCAAACGGGCCGCUUGCAAGCUGGGUGGAGCUGGAGUGGGGGACCGACCCCACCUGGGCCCUACUGAAGAGUUCCGAGGCGCCAAGAACCGUGCCAUCGACAUCAGACGCUGACGCGGGAAAUGGCAACGCAGGUGGGCCCGCCUCAAGAUCGGCCGCCGCCUCCACCGCCCGUGAUAAGGUCGUCGUCGGCAGCAACGGCGGCGGAGGUGGAUUCUGCUGUGUCCACGGCCGUCCUAGUUGCCACAGUCACUGUUGUCACUAUAAAUUCGGGCUUGGAGUCGUAGGACUCGGCUGGCCGCCGUUGGCCGUUGUACCUGUGCUGGUGCCAUUGUACUGUUGCUACCUCAUUGAUUCAAUUCAAUCCACGUUUAUGUUUAAUAUUAUCAAGCAGCCAAUGAGUUUUGCGUGCCGUUUUGGUUUUCGUUUGAUUUUGACUGAAAUCGCUGCUGAUCGGGUGAUGCGGCCAAGAUUAGUUGAUCCGCGCGUCGUGCGGCUGCUCUCUUGCAUUCCAGCUUCGACCAUAAGCGUAUCGAUUCAAGGCUCGAAAACGAAGGGCAGCCACAGCUCCUGUGCCAAAGAAAAUUCGUAG